AUGGAGAAUUACCAUAAGAUCGAGAAAAUUGGCGAAGGAACGUACGGUGUCGUCUACAAGGCUCGAGAGGUGAACCACCCAAACCGUGUCGUGGCUCUGAAGAAGAUCCGACUCGAGGCCGAGGACGAGGGCGUCCCCAGCACCGCUAUUCGGGAAAUUUCCCUUCUUAAGGAAAUGAAGCACCCGAACGUGGUUCAGUUGUUUAAUAUUGUAUAUGUUGACGACUGCAAGCUUUAUCUUGUCAUGGAGCUCCUAGACUGUGAUCUAAAGAAAUACAUGGAUGCCCUACCUGUCCAUGAGGGCGGUCGUGGUAGAACUCUGCCGGACGGGUCAAUGAUGAGCGCCAACCUGGGUCUAGACGGAGCUAUGGUGAAGAAGUUCAUGGCACAACUGGUCGAGGGUAUCCGCUACUGCCACAGCCACCGUAUUCUGCACCGUGACUUGAAACCACAGAACUUACUUAUUGAUCGGGAGGGAAACCUGAAGUUGGGCGAUUUCGGACUGGCGCGCGCCUUUGGUGUCCCGUUGCGGACUUAUACUCAUGAGGUGGUUACCCUUUGGUAUCGCUCUCCGGAGAUUCUGCUCGGUGGACGCCAGUACUCCACCACAGUUGACAUGUGGUCUGUUGGAGCUAUCUUCGCGGAGAUGUGUACUCGCAAGCCACUAUUUCCUGGUGACUCGGAAAUUGAUCAGAUUUUUAAGAUCUUCCGUCUCCUUGGCACCCCCGAUGAAGAGAUCUGGCCUGGUGUUGCCGCGUUUCCAGACUACAAGCCCACUUUCCCAAAGUGGAGGCGCUCCCCAGCUCCACUGGUCCCAGGAUUAGACAGUGCUGGCUGCGAGCUUCUGGAGGCUCUGCUCGAAUAUGAUCCAGCUCAGAGGCUAUCUGCAAAGCAGGCCUGCAUGCACCGUUACUUCCGCAACGGCAGCUCAUUCUAUUCCAGCCGCACCCAGGGCAGUGGCUAA